UUUACCCUAGCCGCCUGCCUCUCCACAGUUGACAGUUCGCACCCCCACCCUCUCUCUCUCUCCACUUCCAAAACUGCCCAGGUCUUCACAGGCGGCGCCUUCCAGCGACAUGGAUCUGACACAGGUGCUGCCGGAGGAAAUACUCGCCGACGUGCUCCACCGCGUCGCGCCGCGCGGCCUCGCCGCAUGCCGCUGCGUCUGCAAGGCCCUUCUCGCCGUCAUCGACGCCAGCCGCCUACUGCGCGCGGACCUCCUCCCGCUCUCGGUCGGCGGCGUCUUCAUCAAUUUCUACUGCGAACGUGUGUCGGAGUUCUUCGCCAGUCCCUCCACCGGCCCCACCAUCUCCGGCAGGUUCGACUACGUGCCCUAUCCCAGCCGUCCUGAUUGGCGCAAAAUCAAGGACCACUGCAAUGGCCUCCUCUUGCUUGCUGAUUAUUGGGAUUGGGAGGAUUGUUACGUGGUUAACCCGGCCACGCGGCAGUGGGAUUCUCUACCACCGCGUCCGUCCGUGUUCGAGGAGAUAGAUGAAGACCUCAAAUGCGAAUAUCACCUCGUGUUUGAUCCCAUGGUGUCGCCCCACUAUGAGGUGUUUGUGAUCCUAAAUCCUCGCUACAACGGACAUGAGGACCAAGUAGACCCUGUUAUAUUGGAGGAACCUGAAUCUGAUUCUGAAUGGCCACCACCAGUGUUUGAUUUGCAUGUUUUCUCCUCAAAGUCGGGCAGUUGGAAGGAGAGGUCUGUUUUUCGACAAGGGGACGCUGCUGCCACUGUUUCUGGAAUGCGGCGGCAUCUUGACUGGUUUGAUGACAGACGGCAUGCCGUCUACUGCCGGGGCAACCUUUACGUCCACUGCAAAACUGAUUUCAUAAUGAGGUACCGGAUUGCUCUUUAGAAAUCAGUUUUUUUAUCAGUUCCUUAUUGAUUAAUUUUCUUCCAUGUCUAUAUGUUUUGCAGGAUCUGCUUGUCAAAUGAUAAGUACCAAGUAAUUAAACCACCCAUGGAUCGUGAACCGGACGACUACCAGAAGCUUCAUCUUGGACGAUCAGAAAAAGGGGUGUACCUUGCAACUGCUACUUUUAAAACGUCUCGUCUUAUGGUUUGGGUCCUUGAGGAAUCGUGUGGGCACGCAAAUUGGGUCUUGAAGCAUAACAAUUGCCUUACACCUAUACAAGAUGAUCUUCGUCCUGUUCUUGGGCCAUGGGUCUUACAAGAUAUCAAUUUUAAUGAGUAUCUCAAAGAAUGCAAGGAACGUAAUCAACACGGCGACGACUUGGAAUGGCUAAUAGAAAAGAAAUUGGAGUUGAACUCCGUCAAGAAAGAUCUAGGGGAAGAAAAGUUUGAAUGGGACUUUGAAAAUGACAACGUUCUUCACAAGGAAGAUGAGGUUGACGGACGUGGAUCUGGAUACUUUGGUAUCCUUGGAUUUCAUCCGUAUAAAGAGGUUGUCUUUCUGCAUGUAUCAAUGUGCAGAGGGUUGGCCUAGCAUUUGAAAGAUUCAAAGUUUCAGGAUCUUGGCUAUUUAUACCCAACAACUUGUCAUCUAGCAUCGGGGGCCGACCGUUUCAUAACUGAUUCAUUCCCAUACACACCUUGUUGGACAGAACUGCAGAAAGCAACAAGAAUGUAGAAGAAGGCCAUCUUGGAUACUUGUACGAUGGUUGGGAUCCAAUUGACCAUCGGAUUAAAUGGUCUACUCAUGUUUAUCGCCUGGUUCAGUCUUAUUAGCAACAUUGAAUUUAUACUUAUCCUUUUAAAUAAAGUUUCCAUGUUUUCAAUUGCUGUUGUACGGACAUGAAAC